ACAAGGUCAAAUGAUGCGGGUGUGGAAGUCAUCUUGAGCAUGCCAUGAGGCAAAUUGAGGAAGCCGAGCAAGGAGUAUUGGUGUACCUCCGCGGCGACAAAGGGAAAGAGAAUAGCUUGGGGUUCAAGUUUCCUGCUAACUAUGAUAUCCAAAAACACGGAGGAGACAACAUCGGCUAUAACGAGUACGCCGUCGUGGCACAGAUACUCAAGGAUUUGGGGGUUAACACAAUCAAGCUGAUAUCAAACAAUGCUGCAAAUGACCAUAAGGGGCUUGAAGAGUAUGGCUUCUCCAUUGCUGAAACGGUGCCGUUGGUGACUCCAAUGGACAAGUACAACGAGAGUUACAUGGAAGCAAAACUGAAAAAGCUGGGACUCACUGUAGUUUGAUGAGUUCCGUAUACGGCCAGCCCCCACCAAUAAAAUGAAGGAGUUCCUACUAUUACGUUGCUGUUUUGGUCUACUCUUAGUGGGCCAUUUUUCGAGUUUGUUUUGUCAAAUAAGUUAUCUUCUCACUGGGGAGUUGAUCCAUUCCUUACAAAUACAAAGGCCCAAUGUAUAUGGGCCUAGAAGAUUGGACUUUCAAGCCCAUCGGAUUAUCUGAAAGAAAUGUCAUCAGAGUUUUGGGCUCUUUUUUUCCACGUGUUUUCUUUUCCGUUUGUUUGGCUGGUCAACUGAAGUACAACUUGGAGUUUGAUAUGCAGCGUGAUAAGGUCAGGCCCUCCCUUUUUGAAGGUCGUUACCUGGAAGCGGCUGGCCAUGGGAGACCUAGCUACUAGAGGAUUUGCAGAAAGAGCUUUUCACGUUUAUAUGAAUGCCUUUUCCACAGACUGUUAGAUUGAUUAAUGCAGCAUGACGUGACAAAUUAGAGGCAAAGCUUAAGCCAUCAUCAUCAUCAUCCUAAUCUUUGGUCAAUGAACAUGCAUCUUAACCGCAACAAGUUACUAUUAAGGUCAAAAAUGGUUUUUGGCAGCGGAUUUCCGGUUCGUCUGAAACCUAACGUUACUCUUUUAGAUGAAUCAUAUUCACAAUGGAGCCAACGUCCAAAGUUUAAGCUUUUCUAGAUUCAAAGGAUUUCCGGUUUGGGUUUUUCUUUGACAUUUUCCCAAAGUUCUAAGCGUCUAGAUUCAAGGAUAUAUUGAUACAAAAUCUCAAACCCUAUUCGAUUUUGUGUGUCCCACCUUUGGUCUUAUCAUGUCUAGUAGUAAUUAGUUCUUAGGUUUGUGAAUCCAAAUUCGUUUCAAAUUGCUAUCCAUUCUUUUCAUAGCUUAUGAAAUUAGGUAACAGAAAAUGGUAAAGGAACCCGCAGGAACCUUGUGGCUCAGAGGCCUUGCAUAUAUACCCUGACAAACCUUCUCAACGAAGGAGAUGAAAGUUACCAACGGUAACAAAACAGAAAAGUUCUA